UGUUUGAUUUUCAGACCUCGUAUAUCUGAUGCAUGGCAGGAUGCUUGCUUUUCAUUCUAAUCAGAUAUACGGCGUGAGGUUUGGACUUAGGUACCUAUGUUGAUGGAAACAAGGAACCUGCCAGACACAAUGAAAAAAGUUGGACUUAUUGGAGUGCUGAUGUUACCCAAGUUGGCAUCUGGAUGUCAUCCUCAUGUUAACCUUGUGAAAGAGGAAGAAAAGUGCAUAACAGAUCUGCUACUUUUUACACACAAAACAGAAAACAAUAUCAGUGUACACUGUAAGGGAAUGUGGGAUGAGCUGAACUGCUGGCCGACUGCUUCACUUGGAGAAACUGUCUCUCAGCCAUGUCCAGAGUUUUUCAGUUCGGAAGGUAAAGUGCAUCGUAACUGCACGGCCAGUGGCUGGACGGACCCGCUCGUUCCAUAUGAAGAUGCAUGCGGCUACACUUUUAAUGAAACGCUACACUUUCUCGGAGAGUCCUCAGACUCCCAUUUGUAUUUCUCCUACGUGAAGACCAUGUACACCGCGGGAUACACACUCUCUCUCAUCUCCCUCACCAUCGCCGUCACCAUAUUCUGUCUGUUUAGGAAGCUGCACUGUACCCGGAACCACAUCCACAUCCAGCUGUUUGUCUCCUUCAUCCUGAGAGCCAUCUUCAUCUUCAUCAGAGACUCUCUGCUGUUUACUAAUGAAGAGCUCUACCACUGUGACUACUACCCGGUGGCAUGUAAGGUGGUGCUGAUGUUUUCCAACUACUCCAUCCUCGCAAACUACAGCUGGCUGCUGGCGGAGGGUCACUUCCUCUUCACCCUGGUCAGCCGCUCCUUCUUCUCCCUGAAGAAACACCUGGCCUGGUACAUCGCUCUCAGCUGGGGUUUACCUUUGGUUGUUAUCGUCUCCUGGGGAUUUGCCAAGUAUUUUUAUGAAGACGAAGGCUGUUGGGAAACCAGGAGACAUGAAUGGAUUUGGUGGAUCCUUCGAGUGCCAGUUCUUCUGACUAUAUCUAUGAACCUCAUCUUCUUCUUGGGCAUUUUGAGGAUACUGGUAAACAAACUGAGAAUGCCAGAUGCACAGAGGAAUGAAUUCUGCCAGUAUAAGCGGCUGAUCAAAUCCACAUUUUUCCUGGUGGCUCUGUUUGGUCUGCAUUACAUCCUGUUUGUUUUCUUACCUGUUGAAGUCAGCAGCUCAGUGUUUAAGAUAUGGACCUUUGCAGAGCUGGCUCUGUCCUCCACACAGGGUUUUGUGGUGGCUGUGCUCUACUGCUUCAUGAACGGAGAGGUGCAGCAUGAGUUCCAGAGGAGGUGGCGAAGGUGGAGGCUGACUCAGCACCUUCCAAGUCGGCGCCGGCAGUACCACGGCUCCAUCAGCCACAGCGGGUCUCCCCACACACAGGUGUCCCUGCUGCCCUGCUCCACAGGCAGCCCGGCCACCAGUGGACUCCCCGUGGAUACUGUGGAGAUGUGAUGCAAGUUGGGAUCGGCUCUCACUCUCCUCGUCGAUACAUAAUGGAUCAGUGCUUAAGUGUUUAAUACUGUCAAAUGCAUAUUUUAUAAUCCCUGGAGUGUUUUUAUUUGAUGUCAUAAGGAUGUAAAAUGCACUGCAGAGUUAGUAAGCUACCAGGUGUGUAGUACUGAAUGUGGCAAUGAUUUGUCUCAGACACUAUUUGUAUUGAAAAUGUAAAUAAUUAAAGGGGUACUGCAGUUUCUUUGGUAUUGCACCAUUAAAGGGACAGUUAAAUGUAAAACAAAUCAAUAUCAGUCUAAGUGAACGCUAUAGUCAGAAUAUGUUCACUGCUUUACCUUGCAGUCAGACAGCCUAUGCUAUACAUCUAUGCUCUCUUCAAAACCACCAGACUCCAUUGACAAAAA